CAUUACAUGUCUAGUCUAGAUCAAGUACUGUCCCUUCUGAAAUCAUGAAACGCAAAGAUGGGGAAGUUGAUGUUGGGAUCCAAGUCAGUAGGCAACUUAUCAAGAAAAUGCGAUCAAAAAGACGGAAGGCAAAUAUCUAUGCAUGGCAUGGCAUGAGUUCCAAAAUUUUCGAGGAUAAGCUUCUAAAUGAAAGCGCAAAAGAUAAAGCUGCUGUUCUCAUUGAUGGCCCAAGCAAUGAACAAGAACCUAUGGAAGGGGAUGCUGAGGUUGGUCAAUCAAAAGAACUACUAGAUGAGAAUAAGAAGCAAUCUUUAAGUGUAGAGAUUAAAAAAAGCCCAAAAAUUUAUAACUUUGACCUAAAUGAGUUGCCUAUGAAUUGUGAUGAGUAAAAGUUAAAGAAUUGUAAUAAUUCAUAUAAUAAUAAAUUAUUUGAUUUCCGCUC